AUGUAUAAUCACGGCACUGUUAAUAGGAGCAGUGGCGGGAUACAGAGAGCCAUCGCCGCGAGUAAUGGCGUGGCAGGGUCUGACGGACAUUUUGGCGCGAGUGAACCACAGCUCGAGAUGAUCUCGGUCGACGUCAUUGGCUUUGAGAAGGAGCAGCUGAUCAACAGUCUGAACGGCAUUCCCACGGUGGUCACCAUCAUCAGCACGCGCUACAAGCUCAUCUUUAACGACCCAGACACACAGACUGGCGACGAAUUCAACGUCGAGGACGACGACGGCAACCCCAUCGAGCAGCCUCGCACCCUAUGCAAGAUACAAUGCUUUGACACCAAGUCUAAACAAGGUCUCGAAGAUUACAAGCGAUCAGUUACAUCAUACAACAAUGCAUUACAAGCUAUCAACUCUAAAGAUGCACAUCAAACAACUCACUUGCCAAUACCAUCGAUAUUUGUUGGCAUCAAUAUAGGUACAGGUACUUCAUUCAUAAAGGAUAUGAAGCUGAUACAGAACAAGACGAUGUUGAUAGAGUGGAGGUCAUCACAGAACUCACAAGAAGUAAUCAAUCAUGCAGUGGAUGCUGUAUCAAACAUAAAGAAACAGAUUGCAUUAAGACAUGCAUGUACAACUGGAAAUGUGGAUGCAUUGGAUGAAGUUAUAAGAGCAGGUGUAUCGAAUGAACAACUAUCACAAGCAUAUCAAGCAGGACAUAAUAUAGUAGUGGACUCAUUGUUGACACAUAAUAGCAAUGCAUUGGUUAUAAGUGGAACGAUAGCAUUGUUGGCAGCGAUUGCAGAGGACCAGCGACGUAAUUCAAAGAAGCUACAGUUGUCAAAGUCGGGAAUGACUCGCUUCCCACUGUCCAUCACGACGAUGGGCCAGCACAUCACCUAUCUGGACGUCAGCGACAAUAAGAUCCGCGAGCUCCCAUCCGACAUCCAACAUAUGCGCGCGCUCAACGUGCUGGUGCUGCGCAACAACCUGCUGGAGAACCUGCCGCUGGAGAUCUGCCACCUGAAGGACCUAAACAUCCUCGAGGUGCACGACAACCCGCUGAGCGAGUUCCCGGCGGCCGUCGCCAACGCGGGCGCCAAGCGUAUCCUGGCGUUCUGUCGCAGCAUCCUCGAGAAGCAGAGCAACGAGUCGUGGAAGAAGGUCAAGCUGAUGUUUGUCGGCCAGGAGGGCGUCGGCAAGACCAGUUUGCUGCAGGCGCUGAUUGGAAGCAAGAAGAAAGAGAAGGGCGCGCAUCAGGUCACAGGUGACACCAUCUCGACCGAGGGCGUCAAGAUCCAGACAGUCAAGAGCAAGGAGAUUGAGUUUAGCGCGUGGGACUUUGGUGGGCAGCAGGUGUUCUACCCGACGCAUCAGUUUUUCCUGACGAGCAGCGCGCUCUAUCUGGUGGUGUUCAACGUGGCCGACCCCAACUGGGCCGAGCGCGUCGAGUAUUGGAUCCGCCAGAUCAAGUCCAUCUGCGACUAUGGCUUCAAGCCAUCGAUCUUCUUUGUGGGUACGCACAUCGAUGUGUGCACGCCCGAGCAACUGCGCGAAGUCGAGACCAUCAUCAACAAGUCGUUCGUCAGCCACUCUAAAUCCAAGAACCCCGUAAGCUUUGUCUGCUGCGGUACUGGCAAGGGAAUCAAGGAGCUCAAGAAGAAGUUGAUCACAGAGGCCGACAAGAGUGGCCUAAUCAAGAAGAAUAUACCUGGUACAUAUUUGCUACUGGAGAGGCGUCUGUCCAAGCGUGGCGCUGGUCUUGGCACUGGCAAGAUGUUGGCAUCCGCUGGCACUGGGCUGGCGGGCGCGGCUGACGACGCGGCAAAUGGCGUCCCUCAACAAGAUCACUACAUCCACUUCUUUGACUAUCAGAAUGAGGCUCGCCAAGCAUUCGUGGCACCCGAGGACCUGGGCGCAGUAACAGACUUUCUUCACAACUUGGGCAUCAUCUUGCAUUACAACACACCUUCGCUACGCAACCUCGUCGUGUUGGACCCACAAUGGCUGGCGGACGUUAUGAGCAGUCUGAUCACAUUCUCUCACAACUGGAUCAAGAAGGGCGUGCUCAAGCACAGCGACCUCGUGUCGGUAUGGGGUGGCCGCUACGAUCCUGCCCUCUGGCCCACGCUACUCAAGAUCCUCGAGAAGUUUGAGGUGGCCUACCAGCUGGAUGGCGGCAAUGACUCUGGCGCACCAGACACACUGAUGGCUGAGGGCCGCUCACUGGUGCCCUCCCUGCUGCCUGAGGAGCCCGAGGGCGAUGUGGGCAAGGUAUUCAAUCGAGAGUGGAUCCCGACAGCCGAGCUCAUCGAAGACAAGCACCCGGUGCACAUCUUUGGCUGCGACUUUAACUUUGAGUUUAUGCCACUGGGCUUCUUUGCUCGACUGUUGCUGCGUAUCCUGCACAUUGGUGGCAUCGAGAUCAAGACAUAUUGGAAGAAUGGCGUGCUGUUAGACAUUAUCAACACAUCACAAAAGCAACAGGCAUUGAUCACAUUCCGCAAGCGCAAGAACUUUGACUCAAAGGAUGCCUACAAGCUCACGAUCGAGAUACGUCUGUUCAACGGUGGCAUCACCGAGGUGGAGCAGAGCUACACGGCCAUUGCAUUCCUUCAGCAGAUCGUCUUUACUGUCGAGUCAUUGUUGGAGAACUUCUACAAGUCACUGCCCAACAUCAAUCGUGUCAUCCCUUGCAGCCACUGUAUCAGUCGCAGUCCACGCGAGGACCCCUUCUACUUUGACCUGAGCAGCUGCAUCAUCGCCAUCCAAGAGGGCAACCCAUUCCUCUACUGUCGCAACGACACCAACAUCCCCGUGCGACUCGACCAGGUGGCCCCAGACCUCGUCAUCAACAAGGUGCCCACAAUGACCGAAGCCGACGUUGAAUGCGAGAAACAGAUUGGCAAGGGUGGAUUUGGUCUCGUGUACAAGGGACGCCUACAGCGCACAGGCGAACCGAUCGCCAUAAAGUCGCUAAUCAUCGAGCCCGACCAAGAGAUGGAGGACACCAUACAGAAGUUCCGCGAGUUCCAGCGCGAGGUCUUUAUCAUGUCGAGUCUGGACCAUCCGAACGUGGUCCGUCUCCACGGUCUGAUGUUCAACCCGCCACGCAUGGUCAUGGAGUUUGUGCCAAUGGGUGAUCUCUAUCACAGACUGCAGCGCACCAAGGAGGAGCCAAUCAAGUGGUCGUUAAAGACACGCAUGAUGUUGGACAUUGCGCGUGGCCUCCAUUAUAUGCAGUCACUGUCGCCACCCGUCAUCCAUCGUGACCUUCGUUCGCCAAACAUCUUUUUGUGCUCAAUGGAUGAGACGGCGCCAGUUGUGGCCAAGGUGGCAGAUUUUGGUCUGAGCCAACAGUCGAUUCACUCGGUGGCAGGUAUCCUGCUGUCGUAUCAAUGGAUGGCACCGGAAGCGAUCAGCACCCAAGAGGAGGGCUACACAGAGAAGGCCGAUACCUACUCAUUCGCCAUGAUCCUAUACGAGAUACUCACUGCCAUGGUGCCCUUUGACGAGUAUGGCACGACACUAAAGAAGCAUCAGGUGAUCAAUGCCAUCAGGACCAAGAAUCUACGUCCGACCCUGCCGCCAAGCGUUCCAGCCAAGUUGCGCAACGUCAUUGAGCUGUGUUGGAGUGGCGACCCAAAGAAUCGUCCGGGCUUCCAGUAUAUUGUAAAGGAGAUUGAAGAACUGCGAGCAGGUAUUGAAACAUUUAACCCACCACCAGCGCCAGGCAGCGGCAAUACUACCAACAACAACAAGCGACCUGCAUUACCAUUGCCUGUGCCAACCACGACCACCACCAACAACACAAUAUCGCCACUGGCUGAUUCAUCGUCGUCAUCAUCAUCGGCUACCAACAAGUCAACACCUCCUCCCACUCGACAACUUCCUCUGCCACAGUCACCGCCACUUUCUCAAUCAACUUCAUCGUUGUUGGCCAACAACCAUCGACGCGGUGGUUUGAAUGGCAGCGGCAGCACCAUCUCGUUGGGCAGCAGCGUUGGUAACAACAGCCCGCCAACACCCCCACACAGACCAAUCAUCCAUCUUCCAGCCAGCAACAACAUUGCCAGACAACAUACAACCACCACGACGUCAACGACUACCACCACCUCUGUUGUAGGUGCAGCGACAUGGAUUAGGAAGAAUCCUAAUCGGUCAGCAUUCGCCAAGAGGACUCUCGCACUCAAACAAACUUACAGACGUAAAUGA